CCCACCUCCAUCUUGAGUUCAGAGCGUUGUUGAGGGUGUUCGGGUGUAAUCGAUUCGCCAUUUUUCAAAAAUGACCGACCAGCUUUGUAAACUUUUCGUCGGUGGGCUCAACGUGGACACCGACGACGAUGGCCUACGCAAGCAUUUUGAGCAGUACGGCACGCUCACCGACUGCGUUGUCGUCGUGAACAAGCAGCUCCAGCGAUCUCGCUGCUUCGGCUUUGUAACCUACUCCACGCCGGAGGAGGCCGACGCGGCAAUGGCGGCUAGGCCGCACACCGUCGAUGGCAACGCGGUCGAAGUGAAGCGAGCCGUGGCAAGAGAAGACGCAAACAAGCCCGAGGCCCUCGCUAAGGUGAAGAAAAUCUUCGUUGGCGGUCUGAAAGACGACAUCGAAGAGCAGCAUCUGACCGAAUACUUCUCCCAGUACGGACAGGUCGAGAAGUCCGAAGUGAUCUCAGAGAAGGAGACCGGAAAGAAAAGGGGCUUCGGCUUUGUGUACUUCACCGAUCACGACUCGGCCGAUAAGGCGGUUGUCGUGAAAUUCCACACCGUCAAAGGACACAAAGUUGAGGUAAAGAAAGCCCUGACCAAACAGGAGAUGCAGGCAGCCAACAGAACCUCUAUGACACCGAGAGGCAGAGGCGGUAGAGGUAUGAGAGGAAAUCAAAAUGGCUACGGCGGCAGGGAUUAUGGCGGAAACUACAACUACGGUAAUGGCGGAGGCUACAACUGUGGCGGCUACGGAGGGUACGGCAGCGGGCCAUAUGGGGGUGGCUAUGGAGAUCAGGGAAGUGGCUAUGGCGGUGGCAACGGCUACAAUGAGUUUGGCAGCGGCUAUGGUCAGCAUCCUUCUGGCUAUGGCCCCAUGAAAGGGCCACCUUUCGGCGGCCAGAGGAGCGCAGCUCCCUACACCAGAGGCGGCGGCGGCGGUGGCGGCUACGCAAGGGGGGGCUACGGCGGCGGCGGCUAUUAAAUGAGACUGCACGAUGGAAAGCAACCCCUACUAUUGUCCCACAAAUUGCCCUCUCCCCUCAGCCCGGAAUUGGACGCCAAGAGUCAAAGCCAGUAACGGGGCGUCUGCCGUGAAAUCCAACCAUGGCAGAGAUACGGACACAAAGACCCCCUCCCCCAAAUCAUUACGAAGACCUCCAAACCCAAACAGGUGUUCUUACUCUUAUUCCAGUAGGCUAUCCCAGCCAAAAUAGCCGUAGCAGUUUGUUUGUAGGCUACAUCAGGACCCUGUUGAUUACCUGGGGUCGAUUGUGAUAGGAGUCUGAAAUAUCUCUUUAGGAUAUCCACAUCCAGCAAACUAGGUUGCUUCUGUAACCUGGGCACGAGGACGGUAACCCCCGAAACGAUGGGGGUGUGUGUCUCUCCACGCUGACAGUGGGGACCAAAGAGUGGUUGUGCCUUCUUCCCCCACAGGAUGAUGGUGCUUGGCGAAUUCUGAUCACCCUGUAGGAAAAGGAAACUUAUGUUGGCCUUUCUUUUUAUGAAUUCACAAUAAAUCAAUAUAUUUUUGUAUAUCAA